AUGGUUGGAAGACGUAGGGGAAGAAGAAAUACUGCUAAAGGUUCACCAUUAAAAAAAGCGAAAAUUGAAAAAGAACCUGAAGUAAAGGAAAAUAUUCAAGAUGAAAAAGAAGAUACUUUGAAAACGAUUAUAAAUGAAAAAGAAAAGUCAGAUGAAAAGGUAAUUGCAGAUAAAGAUGAAGAUGCACAUAGCAAGAGCGAUCAGGUUACGGAAGAAGUUGGUAAAGAAGAUCGUGUAUCAGAAAAUAAGCAAACGAAUAAUAACAAAGAUGAGCAUGUGAUUCCGCAGAUGGAGGAAAAGAGUAACUAUAUUGAAACCAAGGUAGAUGGAAACGAGAAAGAUGGGGUUGCAGAUGAGGAACCAAAAGGACCAAAAGGACCAGAGGAGUUAGAGGAGUUAGAAGAGCCAGAAGAGCCAGAAGAGCCAGAAGAGCCAGAAAAACCAGAAAAACCAGAAAAGACCAUUGAGGAUAAGACUGGAGAGACUACAGGAAGUAAAACCAGAGAUGAAAGCAAUAAAAACUCAAUAGAUCUUAAGGAAGAAAAUAGAGAAAUAAACGAGAGUGCCGGUCUAGAACCCGCUAACGAUAUUGAUGAUGCUACUGUGGAUCAUAAAUCAGUAGAAGUGAGUGAAAUUGAUAAUGGUCUUGUGAAAAUUGAAUCAAUUGAAAAUGUAGAAAAUGUUGAAACAAUGCCUACAAUUAAUUUAGAGAGUGAAACAGAAAAAGGAGUUACCACAUUUAUGUUUGAUGGAGUGAAAUAUACGUUUAAAGAGAGAGUUAGUGUUUUAGAGGAAAAAGAAAAUAAAAUUGAAUUCAGAGUAGUCAACUGUGAUAAUUCUAAAGAAAGUAUGAUGAUUUUAACCGGUUUAAAAAAUAUCUUUCAAAAACAAUUGCCAAAAAUGCCUAAAGAAUAUAUUGCAAGGUUAGUUUAUGAUAGAAGCCAUGUUUCAAUUGCUGUUGUCAGACAUCCACUAACCGUCGUAGGUGGAAUCACAUUCCGUCCAUUUGAAGCAAAAGAAUUUGCUGAAAUUGUUUUUUGUGCCAUUAGUUCAACUGAGCAAGUUCGUGGUUAUGGUGCACAUUUAAUGAACCAUUUAAAAGAUUAUGUACGAAAUUCAUCUCCUAUAAAACACUUCUUAACAUAUGCCGAUAACUAUGCUAUUGGUUACUUUAAAAAACAAGGUUUCACCAAAGAAAUUACUUUAGAUAAAAAAAUAUGGAUGGGUUACAUUAAGGAUUAUGAAGGUGGUACUCUAAUGCAAUGUUCCAUGCUUCCACGUAUACGGUAUCUUGAUGCUCCAAAGAUAUUAUUAUUGCAAGAGGCUGCUUUAAUGAGAAAGAUUAGGACAAUUUCCCAAUCACAUAUCAUCAGAGCUGGCUUGGAUCAUUUUAAAGACUUAAAAAAUAUUACCCCAAUUGAUCCAAUGACAAUUCCAGGGUUAAAAGAGGCUGGAUGGACGACUGAAAUGGACGAAUUAGCUCAAAGACCAAAACGUGGUCCACAUUAUGCUGCUAUGCAAAAUAUAUUGACAGAAUUACAAAAUCAUGCUGCUGCAUGGCCAUUUCUACAACCAGUUAAUAAAGAAGAAGUUCCUGAUUACUAUGAAUUUAUAAAAGAGCCUAUGGACUUGAGCACCAUGGAGGUUAAACUUGAAAAUAAUAGAUAUGAAAAGAUGGAAAAUUAUAUAUAUGAUGCUAGACUUAUUUUUGAGAAUUGUCGUAAGUAUAAUGGUGAUAAUACUUCGUACUUUAAGUAUGCGAAUAGGUUAGAGAAGUUUUUCAACUCAAAGGUUAAAGAUUAUCCUGAAUAUUCACAACUGGUUGACAACUAA